GAGGGACAGCACAUCAAUUAGAUCUUUGCGAGAUCAGACUGACGAUCAGAAGAACAGGGCAGCCCAAAAUACACACAUACACCAGCAAGCAAAACAUACAGAUCCAUUUGAAACUCCGCUUGAGUUCUCACUUGUCAUACGAGAGCCCAGAUCGAUCCACCAUGGCGGAGGGCGCGGUGGCGUUGCUGAUUACCAAGCUCGGUUUUGCCUUAGCAAAAGAGGCAGCAACAUUUGGUGCAUCGCUGCUAUGCAAGGAAGCAUCUGCACUCAAGGGUCUCUUCGGCGAGAUCCGUGAGGCCAAGGAGGAGCUGGAGAGCAUGCAGGCCUAUCUCCAAGGGGCGGAGAGGUUCAAGGACACCGAUGAGACUACCCGCAUCUUUGUCAACAAGAUCAGGGGCUUCGCCUUCGAGAUCGAGGAUGUGGUUGAUGAGUUCACCUACAAGCUGGAAGACAAGCAGGGUGGAUUCAUUAAGAGGAUGAAGAAGAGGGUCAAGCACAUCAAGGUAUGGCGCCAAUUGACAAUCAAGCUCCAAGGUAUCAAGGGCAGGCUUCAUGGUGCAGACACCAGAAAGGUCCGCUACGACAUGAGAGGGAUUGAGAGGAACAAUGGCCACUCUGGAUCUGCUGACCGUUCUCUGAAUCUUGCGAGGGAAGAGGAUCUUGUGGGCAUAAAGGAGAACAAGGACAAGCUGAUGCACUGGCUGGUGGGUGAUUUGGAGGAACCAGGGAGCAAAAUCGCCACUAUUUGGGGAAUGGGAGGUGUGGGUAAGACCACUUUGGUUCAUCAUGUGUACAAGGCCGUGAAGAUGGACUUUAAUAUUUCUGUGUGGAUAAGUGUAUCAAGUAGCUACCAAGUUGAAGGCUUGUUGAAAAAGAUUGCAAGUAAAUUGGGCAUCCCAAUUGCCAACGCAAACGAAAACAGAAGCUUGGUUGAGGUAAUCAGUAAUCAUCUGAAGGGUUCAAAUUAUCUCAUAAUUCUGGAUGAUGUUUGGAAUGUGGAUGUCUGGUUUAAGAUUAGGAUUGCAUUUCCUACAGAAAGCACUGGUCGAUUUGUUAUCACCACUAGAAUUCAGGAGGUAGCAUUGCUGGCAACAAAAACCUGUACAAUCAAGCUCGAACCAUUGGAAAGAGAUUAUGCGUGGCAGUUAUUUUGCAAUGAAGCCUUUUGGAACAAUGAGAACAAAACAUGCCCAGAGGAACUAGAAGACUUGGGUAAAAUGUUUCUGAAUAAGUGUGGUGGCUUGCCAAUUGCCAUUGCUUGUGUAGGCCGUUUAUUGUCAUGCAGGCAUCAAACUUAUAGUCAAUGGGAAAGUUUAUACAAGGAGCUAGAGUUGCAGCUCAGUAAUAAUGUGAGACUCAAUGUCAAUAUUGUUCUGAAAGUCAGCUUGGAGGGCCUUCCAACUGAUCUGAAGAAUUGUUUUCUGCACUGCACAAUAUUUCCAGAAGAUUAUCUAUUCAGAAGAAAAGUGGUAAUCAGGCAUUGGAUAGCAGCUGGAUACAUUAAAGAAACAGGGAGCAAAACAUUGGAGGAAGUGGCAGAGGGCUACCUGAACGAACUUGUAAACAGAAGCCUACUGCAGGUGGUCCAGCGGAAUCCGUGUGGCCGAGUUCGCAGGUGCCGAAUGCAUGACAUUAUCCGUGUUCUUGCUCUCGCUAAAUCAGAAGAGGAAUCCUUCUGUCAAGUUUACAAUGGGUCAAGGCCUUUAUCCACUGAGAACACACGGCGUCUGUCAGUUCAGAAUACAAACAUGGAACAACUGACCCCAUUGUUGUGUGCAACAAGUCUCCGCUCUCUGCAUGUUUUCACGAAUCAUCUGAGUACUGAUUCUCUAGAGGCUUUCCUCAAACCUUUCAACUUGCUGUCAACAUUGGAUCUGCAAGGGGUUAAAAUCAAGAGACUACCCAAGAUAGUCUUCAACCUAUUUAAUCUGCGCUUUCUAGGCCUUCGAGAGACUCUUAUUGAAUAUCUCCCAAAAGAAAUAGGAAGGUUACAGAACCUGGAAGUCCUUGACGCUUACUUUGCUAUGCUAUUGGCGCUUCCAGUGGAAGUGGCCACACUUUGGAAACUGAAAUACCUGUAUGUGGUUACUUUUCCAGCUCGAGCCUACAAGAGUGUUCCUAGUUUUGAUGGUUUCCAGGGGCCUAAGGGUAUCGGCAAUUUGACUGACUUGCUGGCCCUGCAAGCUAUCGAAGCUAGCAGUGAGGUUCUGUGCCAACUAGGAUGUUUGACCAAGUUAAGAACUUUUGGUAUCACUAAAGUCAGGAGUGGUCAUUGUGCAGAUUUGUGUGGGGCGAUCACGAAAAUGGUUCAUCUUAUCCAUGUAGCAAUCACUGCAAUUGAUGGAAGGGAAGUCCUGCAGCUAGAAUCACUUUCCUUACCACCAACUGUUUCGAAACUUGAGAUAGCAGCGCAGCUGGACAAAAGAUUUCUGCCUCAAUUCAUCUCAUCCAUUUCAACACUGACCAACCUCAUUUCUUUACAGUUGGGUUGGUCCAAAUUGUAUGAUGACUCUUUUGCCUGCCUCUUGGGUUUGCCUGGCUUAGUUAAACUUGUCCUUGCUGAGGCUUAUGAAGGAAACGAGCUGCACUUCCCUGCAACGUCACUUCCAAAACUCAAGUCACUACAGAUAUGGGAUGCUCCGAAUCUCAGCAGAGUUACAAUUGAACAAGGUGCGAUGCAGAAUAUUGCUAAGCUAUUUCUCAGAGACUGUCCAGAAUUAAAGCAUCUUCCUGAUGGCAUCGAGUAUCUUAGAACCCUGGAGUACCUGGAGCUGAAGGCUAUUUCUAAAGAGCUGACAUGGAAGCUUCAGCAAAAUGAGGAAUCAAAGGAAUGCGAUGAAGAUUGGAUGAAAAUUAGCCAUGUGAGACGGGUUGAUGUACUUUAGGUGUAAUGAAGUACAGUAGAACAGAGUGAGUGCAGGCAGGGGUUGCUAGUUCGAAAUGCAAAGGUUUUGUAGCACGCUGUAUUUUCAGUUUGAAAUGGUGAAGCACUUAUCCUUUAUUAGUGUUUUGAUCUUUGUUGGGGAUGCCAAAAGCAUGCACGCAUAGAUGUAAUUUGUUCCUUUUUUUUCCAUCAACAAACAUGUCUGUGAAUGCUACAUCUUGUUAUGAGUUGAUGUCAUCUACACAAUGUUUCUACAGUGUAAUUUGCUUUCUUGCAUGAACUUAUUUCUAUGCUGUUGCUCAUCUAGCUUUAUCUUGUUAUGAGUUGAUGUCAUGUGUGCAG